AUGGGUGGAGGGUAUUGGAAUCUAGGGCGGAUCCCCCGAGACCGGUACCUCGAGAUCGAAGCGGCACUUCGCGUCUUCUUGGAUGAAACAUUCGGCAACGAGAAUUAUCGGAUCCCUCGAUACUACGGGGCCAAGGUGGACUUUGGAGAUGUGGACAUUCUUUUGUCGAGCAAAGUCACGGAGGGCAGUGACUGGGAUGAAGUGAAGAAGCUCAUAAUUGAAGGGCUUGGUAUCAAGAGGCAUGGCUCGAUCAGCAGUCGAGUCUUCUCGAUUGUGUACCACGGGUUUCAAGUGGACUUUUUCCGCGAAUCCCACGAGCACAUGCUCACCAAGACUAACUACAUGGGCUUCAACGAUCUUGGCAACCUUAUUGGACGUUUGUUUCGUCCAUUGGGCCUCAAGUACGGUGAGCGGGGUCUCUUCUUCGUCUUCAGACGCAAGACCGGAAACUACACGAAGGUCAUCUUAGUCAGCGCUGACUGGGAGAAGAUUCUGACUCUGGUGGGGCUUGAUUAUGGUGCCUGGGUCCGUGGGUUCCACGAAAUUGAAGAAAUGUUUGAAUGGAUCAUUGCGAGUCCGUACUUCCGGUCGACCCCGUACAUCAGCCGAAAGUCUAAGGUGAUACGAAAGGGUGCCAAGAUGCGCCCUACGAUACAAAAGUUCCUGCAAUACAUCGAGGAACGCAACAUUCGCUGCGAUCAACCUUUCUACUUGGACGAAGACGAGGGAAUUGCCCUCAUUGAAAGGCACUUUCCAGAGUUGCGGCUCAAGCAGCAGAUCAACGACGAGCAGAAGAAGGAAAAGGAAGCGACUGUCCUAUAUGCAAAGUACAACGGUAGGCUUGCAAUGGAAUGGGUCCCACAGCUGGGAGGCAAGUCACUGGGAGACAUGAUGAGUCAAUUCACUCAGAUGUACUCUCCAGAAGAGCUUUUGAUGAUGGAACCGGCCGUCGUCCGGGCCAGUUUCAUCAAGCUCCACGAGGAAAAGCAACCUGAAACAAAAUGGAGGGCUUCAAAGAGUCAUUGA